AUGAAAUUUAAGUUGAACUGCGGGGAGAAAAAGAACCUCAUCAGCGUAAGCAUUAGAAAAAAUGACCAGAGUGCGAGGAGCAAUCACAUAAAUGGGAGCAGCAGCCUCCAUGUGAACAGCAGCGCCAAUGGGAGCAGCAGCCUCCAUGUGAGCAGCAGGGCCAAUGUGAACAGCAGCGCCAAAGUGAACAGCAGCGCCAAUGUGAGCAGCAGCGCCAAUGUGAACAGCAGGGCCAAUGUGAGCAGUGCCAACAGGCCGAGCAACAACAUUAGUGGGGUGGCUAAGAAGAGCCCUUUGGAAAAAGGCCCCAUAAAGGGUGUGUCCAAAAAUAUCAAAAUAAACCUCGCGGGGUCCAAGGGCAUUAUGCAAAAAAGCGGGAUGACCACCAAUCGAGUAAGCCACGCGAACUCGAACAGUUCUGUAACAAAAGACAACAGUAGCAGCAGUAGCGUUAGUCAUGCGAAGCAAGUCGGUGGAAAUGUCAGCCCCCCCGGAAAGGCGAACACCCCGAACAACGCUAGCAGCGAAAGCAAGUACUACGCCUCGAACACCACCCCCCACCAAGGCACAACCUUCAACGAUAGUCUAAACCUGCACGACAGCGUAAGUUUUAAUGACAGCUUAAGUCUCAGCGAGAGCACCAACCUGAACGGCAGCCUCAACCUGAACGGCAGCCAUAACCUGAAUGGCAGCCUCAACCUGAACGGCAGCCUCAACCUGAAUGGCAGCCUCAACCUGAAGGACGCGGGCACCAACUGUGAAAACUUGAACGUCACUGGGAACGUGAGCGAGUACGUUAGUAGCGGUGGAAGCGGCGUUGCGGUAAAUGUGGCAAACGUGGCAAACGCUGGAAACAGUGCAAACAGUGCAAACGCGCCAAGCGGCAGAGGGGUGCAACUACGCCACGGAAACAAGUCCCUGCUCAAAAGUAACCUAAAAAUAUACUACAAAAAUGAGUUAAUCCCCUUUUCGUUCCUUUACCAUAAAAUCCUGACGAUACUAAAGUCGCACUAUACUAACCAUAUUACGAACAACCCAGGCGUGGCAAACAAAGGCAUAUCAUUUUUCCACAUAGAAAACAUGUUAAUAAAUUUGGGGUUCAAAGGGGUAGACAUAAGUAACCAUGCUUUGCUAAGCUACUUGGCUUCAUCGAAGCAAAUAAAAGUGGACUUGAAUGAAAAAAGAAUUUGCUACAUGAAUCCCUACGUCGACAUAACAAGCGUUACUUCCUUGUUAAACAAAAUAAACAAACAUGGGUUUCUCUACGGGUACGAAAUUAAUGAUGAUUUAAUUAACACCAAUAAGGACAUUUACAAAUGGAUUAACACUCUGCUUUAUGAAAAAAAAGGCUAUAUCUUCUUCCCUCUUUCUUAUGAACACAUAGAACAGCAACGCUACUCCAUCACCAACGAUAUUAAAAACCUGUGGGACGAAAUUACGCUGCCCAACCUUGACAACAUUUUAAAAGAAUACAAAUUGAAAUCCACUAACAAAGUUUUCGUGCAUGACAAUGCCCCCAAGAGGAAAAACAAGGAGGACAAGUUCGCUCCCGUCGUUAAGAAAAUGAAACGGAUUUACAACACCCACUUGUUCACGGCUGACGAGAUUAAAAAUGAGUUCAUACAGAAGAAGUGA